GUGCUCUGAUGCUCCGGUCCAGCGUCGACUCGCUACCGAUUUCAACUGCAAUGAUUGUACGACGUCGCGCACCGCGUCAGACCAGUAUAGAUGAAUGGGGUAAACUGCUGAUGUGGGUGCAGUUUGUUCCUGAAAAAAUUCGGAACAAAACUAGCGAGCACUAAUCUUUGACGGCCAAUGAAAGCCCGGUAUUUCCGCACUACCUGUUACGAAAUCCUAGCGUCCCCUUGCGGGAUAACACGUGCCCCGUCGAAUAUUAACCACUUUAUGACGAUACGAUAUUUUUAAAUAACAAGAGCGGUAAAUGUUGGUUAAAUCUGUGUAAGAGAAUAAGCGGCAAAUUUUGGUGAAAGCGAGGACCGGAGCGUCAUAUCUGUCGCAUGGUUCGAAUAACCGGCGCGUCUGAGCCGUUAAUUGCUCGUCGGAUGAUUGGGAUUGGGGGGAAAGUGGUUGAACGGGAGUCAGGAGAGCGGCCAUUUUAUGUUAGUAUGACGUAGAGGCUGGGUGUAGCUUCACGUUAAGUUGUCCGUGUUACCUUUAAAACGCGAUUGAAAAGAGGAUAUUCUGAUGCUGGACUCGAGAUAGAUGAACGCGCCACGCACCGAAGGUGUAAAUUGUAAAUAUUAAUCGUAAAUAGUAAUCAUAGAUUAUAGUGAUCCAAGUGAACACUGCGGUCCGUUUAUAACCGCUAGCGUCUCAAGCAUGAGCGAGGAAAGCAACCCGCGUACUCUGUACGUCGGAAAUCUUGACGCCUCGGUAUCCGAGGAGCUGCUAUGCACUUUGUUCUCGCAAAUCGGAGCCGUUAAAGGCUGCAAGAUAAUACGCGAACCCGGUAACGACCCGUACGCUUUCGUCGAGUUCACUAACCACCAGAGCGCCGCUACUGCGUUAGCCGCUAUGAACAAGCGGCUAUUCCUUGAAAAAGAGAUGAAGGUUAACUGGGCCACGAGUCCGGGUAAUCAGCCAAGGCUAGACACAAGCAACCACCAUCACAUAUUUGUUGGUGACUUGUCACCCGAAAUUGAGACUCAGACACUCAAAGAGGCCUUUGCGCCGUUUGGGGAAAUAAGCAACUGCAGGAUUGUCAGGGAUCCGCAGACCCUCAAAAGCAAAGGAUAUGCGUUUGUCUCUUUUGUUAAAAAGUCCGAAGCUGAAAAUGCGAUAUCUGCUAUGAACGGACAGUGGCUAGGAUCACGUACCAUCAGGACCAAUUGGUCUACCAGGAAGCUUCCGCCACCGAGAUCGGAGAGACCCAGACACACUAACAAUAGCAAACCCAAUUACGAAGAGGUGUACAAUCAAAGCAGUCCUACCAAUUGUACGGUUUAUUGCGGAGGAUUCACGAACGGGAUAACAGAUGAGCUGAUAACCAAAACCUUUUCUCCAUUCGGCACCAUCCAGGAUAUCAGAGUUUUCAAGGACAAGGGUUAUGCGUUUAUCAAGUUCACUACCAAGGAAUCUGCGACGCAUGCCAUCGAGUCUACCCAUAACACUGAAAUCAACGGUAGCAUCGUCAAGUGUUUUUGGGGAAAAGAAAAUGGGGAUCCAAACAGUGUUGGGCCCAAUGCCAAUCAGCAGCCUCAACAGGUGACAACCGGAGGUGGUCAGUAUCCGUAUGGAUAUGGCCAGCAAAUGGGCUACUGGUAUGCCCAGGGAUAUCCACAGAUGCAGGGACAGUUCUUGCAACCAACCCAAUACUACGGUCAAUACUAUGGCCAGCAGGCGCAGUACAUGAACAGCAUGAGGAUGCCCUCACCAGCAGCUGGAGCGUGGCAACCUGGUCAAGGAUCGGCUGCUGCACCCACAGCGACUGCUCCACUGCAGCCUGGCCAACAACCAGCUAUGGUCGCAUACACCAUGCCUCAAUACCCAACCCAAUGAAACUGAAAACUGACAUUGAAAAACGAAUAGAAGUAUGAAUCGCGCAACGUUUUUGAAUCGGCAAUGGAGAAGAAAGGGGGACGAAAGGAUAGGGAGGGGAGCUAUCUUUGAGACAUUAGUGUAUGUAACAAAAGAUGAUAAAAGUGAUGAAAAGUAAAAAAAGAAAAAGGAAAAAAACAUUUUUUUUAACAAAAAAAAAAGUAAGAGGAACUAGGUCGUUCUUUCAAACUUAUUUAUAUUAAAUCAACCUUUGACUUAGAAAUUUGACAUUGACUCUGACCUUCACCUUACCUUUGUGAUUUUCACGUGUUUAACGUAAAAUAGAGUAUAUUUGUAAGUAAUGGUAUACAUGAUAGCAAAGUAAGUCAGAGUUUCAAGCCGUGUAUGUGCACAAUUGGGCAGUGUGUAGUUGCAGUAAAAUUUUGGUUAGUUAUGCAUUCUUGAUUUAUUUUUAUUUAUUUUUUCUUUUUAUCUUUCUCAUCUGGCUUUUUUUCAAGUUUCCGUCUCUCUAUUAUUGAACCAUGAAUUUUUGUAAAUACUUAUUAUGUUGAAUGCCAAACCCGAGACAUCGGUGUUUAUUUUUCAUGUACAAAUUUAAUUUCACUCUCGCGUCGCUUGCAAAAGCAUUGCGUGGUUUUCGAUUGUUUUCUGGAGAUGAAGAAUAAUAAACGACAGAUGGAAUUUAGUUGCAAAUUAUUCUGGACACGAAAGAUAAUCAAUAAAAAAAAGGUUGAUUUUAUAAAUUGA